AUGACUCGUAGGAAAACAAAAUGCCAGAGUGGUGCUUUCAAAGCUAAGAAAAGAAAAAGAAUAGAGCAGCUUGAAAGUUCUUUAAGAGGAUCGAUGAACAAAUAUUUGGCUCGAACAAGUGAUAGUGUUGGACUUCCGGAAAGAAUAAGUGAAAGUGAUGGUCCUGCAGCAGCAGAAACAAUGAAUGACAUUAACAGUGAUGAAGAAUAUGCAAAUUUGGUUAAUGAAAUGGAGAAAGAAGAUGGUUUGCUCAAUGGUGGUAGUAGUAGUGGUGGUCUUAGUGGAUAUAAUCAGAAUGUGCAAGGUGAAGAAUUGUUACAGCCAACUAUAAAUGAGAGUGAACACGGGAACGACGAAGUGCAGAAUGAAGAGUACGGACCGGUAAACAUUUAUGAUCCAGGAAAUUGGAACUUCAUUGACCAACAUUUCAGAGAAUUUUUGGUAGAAAAGGGUCCCAUCAGAGUAAGUAAAAAUGUCAAAUAUCCUUACAAUGAACAUCGUAGACGAUUCUCUAAUCGUCAUUAUAAACGAAAAAUGAGUAAUGGGGAAAGGGUUGAUAAGAGAUGGAUAGUAUAUUCAACUAUUAGGGAUCGCGUGUUCUGUUUUAGUUGCAAAUUGUUUAAGGGAGAUGGGGUUGAUUGUCAGUUGGAUACCAUUGGCUCUAAGGAUUGGCAUAAUCUUGGUAAAAAACUUAGACAACAUGAUACCUACCAUGGGCAUCUAGAAUCCAUGUCUAAAUGGAAUGAACUGGAAAGAAGAUUGAAGAAGAAUGAAACUAUCGAUAAGGCUAUGCAAGAACAGAUCAAGAGAGAAAAAGAGUAUUGGAAACAAGUCUUGGUUAGAAUAGUUUCUCUUAUCAAAACUCUUGCUAAAAAUAAUUUAGCUUUCCGCGGUGAUAACGAAAAGAUUGGCCAAUCAAAUGACGGCAAUUUUUUGAGCUUUAUUGAAAUGAUUGCAGAGUUUGAUUUAGUAAUGCAAGAUCAUCUUCGACGUUUCAAAGAUCAGUACAUUCAUCAUCAUUACCUUAGUCCCAAGAUACAAAAUAAGUUGAUUUCGCUAUUGGCACACCAUGUGAGAGAGAAAAUUAUCGAAAAAUUUCACAAAGGAAAAUAUUUUUCUGUGUUGCUUGAUUGUACUUCAGAUAUAAGCCGUGAAGAACAAAUGUCACUUGUUGUAAGAUCUGUGGAUUAUUUAACAACUCCAAAAGUUGAAGAACACUUUCUAGGUUUCUUAAAAAUGGAAGAAACCACUGGACUAGGACUUUUUGAGGAGCUGAAAAACCGUUUGGAGAAGCUUAAGAUUGAUUUUGAUGAUAUCAGAGGACAAGGGUACGAUAACGGAGCUAAUAUGAAGGGGAAAAACAAAGGUGUGCAAAACAGGCAACUCAAGGAGAAUCCAAGGACAUAUGCCGUGUGCAUGUCAUAG